GCGACUGGUGACGUCAUACUCCAGCGACUGUCGGUUCGCGCAUGGUGUUGUUUUUCUCGUGUUUUUUUACGACAUGCGUGAAUAUACAGUAUUAAGAGCGUUUUUAUACUGCUUUUGUCAAUCAUAGUGUAACUGAAUAUACUUUGCGAAGGCAUAAAACUACCGAGAUAUGGAGAGCUGUGAGUCAUUGGGAAUAGAGUUGGUUCUUAACGAAAAAGACGGACCAGCGCCUUGCUGUCCUCACGGCCCCACUUUAUUAUUUGAGAAAGUUUGUGAGGGGGGCUCUAAAGGCAGAAGGUUCUACGCCUGCUCAGCUUGCAGAGACAGAAAAGACUGCCACUUCUUCCAGUGGGAGGAUGAGAAGGUGUCAGAGGCCAGGCAGCUCGCAAGAGAAGAGGAAAAUAAGGCGAAGUUGCCACCUUUUACCCAUAAGCAGUACUGUGCCAGGUUGAAAAAGUUUGUGGGCUUACUGCUGCAUGAGAAGAAGUUCUGUGUAGAGUGUCAGUUGCUGCUGUUGCCAGGGGAACAGGCUGCUCACUCCUCUCACAGACUCUCUGAGGUGACUAGUGCUCAGCUGAGGAGGCCCAGUGUUCUGCUCCGACCUCUGGAGAACAAGAAGAGCAACGCCCAGUACCUGUUCGCUGACCGGACUGCACACUUUCUGCUCAAUACGCUGGUCAGUCUCGGCUUCAAGAAGGUGCUAUGCGUGGGCACCCCAAGACUGCAUGAGCUGAUUAAGUUAAGAAACCUGGAGAAGAAAGACACGCCCAUGCAAAGUCUGCUGCUGGACAUUGACUUCAGGUACGCACAGUUCUACAGCCAGGGGGAGUUCUGCCACUACAACAUGUUCAACCACUACUUCUUUGGAGGAGAGGCUUCCAGGAGCGUUCUCCAGAGUUUCCUCUCAGAGUCGGAUGGAGAUAAGGUGGUGAUGGUGGCAGACCCUCCAUUCGGGGGCCUGGUAAAACCUCUGGCCAACAGCUUCUCUCUUCUCUCUCACGCAUGGAAAACACAACAGAGCAGCGACAACAGUGUUGCAGAGAUGCCAAUGAUGUGGAUCUUCCCUUACUUUUUUGAACCUCGCAUUGUGGAGUGUCUGCCAUCCUUCAGAAUGCUGGAUUAUCAGGUGGACUAUGACAACCACCCCUUGUACAAACACGGGAAAACUGGCCGGAAGCAGUCUCCUGUCAGACUGUUCACCAACAUCUGUCCCCGAGACCUAGUUCUGCCCAAAGAGGAGGGCUACAGAUUUUGCUCUGUGUGUGAGAGAUACGUCUGGUCCCUCAACAAACACUGUGCCAAAUGCAAUGUGUGUCCAUCUAAGGAUGGACGUGAAUGGAAGCACUGCUCUGCCUGUGAGAAGUGUGUUAAGCCCUCCUGGAAGCACUGUGGAGCAUGUGGCCACUGCGCUCUUCCGGAUCACCCCUGUGGCUCUAGCAAAGAACAGGGCUGCUUCAACUGUGGCAGUCUCAAACACAAGCGCAAAGUCUGUCCACACAAAGACACCCAACGGACCAGCAAAAAUGGUACCAAACUCAAAAUGGGGAACAAGAUUGAACCUCUCCUUAAGGCUAAAGCUAAGAGAAAGUCGGGUGCAGCAAGAAGAGCUAAAAAGGCAGCGGCUCUGUGCCAAUGAUGCAAACUUGGUUAUAUUAUAAAGUUAACUUGGCUAUUAUGUUAAAAAAUAAAAGUAUUGGAACUUUACC